AGCCGACAGACCGACGUGAAUCGCACGUGUGUUUAGAUUUCAGACACACAUAUGAUGCAUUCUUGAACUUUACCAAAUUUUCAAACACAUCACUGAAUUAAGUCAAAGAAGCGAAAAUGAAAAACAAACCGACGAGACACAAAGAAACAAACGCGUUUCGAUUUCAAUCAUUCUCGGAGCGUAUUGCGUCUCUUCAAAUCGAUGUUUACCACAAAAUUCACGCGUACGACCCGGAUGCCGAGGAGGGCGAGACGAACCUGCAGAAUGCCAUCGAGAAGUGGACAGUGCAGAACGCAACUGAGGGCUUCGAAAAGUGUCUCAGGGCUCUGCCCGACUGCAAGAACCUCGAGCUGAUUGUGCUCUACAAAGACAAAAUCGCCGGCAUCCUCUUCGAGCACAUCAGAAAACACGACCCAGCCACUCUUCAGGCUCUCCUCGAGUUGCUGGUUGCCCUGGGAAGGGACCUAGGUGGAGACUUUUUCCCGUUCUUUCCUGAGUGCCUCUCCGUGAUUUUCGACCUCAUCACGUCCUCAAGAGACCCUGAAGUCUUAGAAUGGACGUUCCACACGUUGGCCUACCUGUUAAAAUUCGUCUGGAAAAGACUGAGCAAAGAGCCGGCCAGCGUUAUCUUCAAAUUUGUGCUGCCCUUGCUCGAGGACUCGCGACCUGUUUACAUCCAAGAGUUUGCAGCUCAGUGCUUUGCAUUUGUGGCCAGGAAGGUGAGGGUGAAGAAAGACCUGAUCACAGUCAUGGUCCAGACCCUGGAUAAGGAGGAUGAUGGAGUUGAAGGCAGUGGAAUUUUGAUUUGUGAAACGCUGUACGGGGUCAGUGGCUGUUUCCACUCGACUGCUGAAGACUUCCUGGCUGAGCUGUUGUCCUCCUUGGCCCGUGAGGACAUUAACUGCGACAUUCUCAAGAGGGUGAUCAUGGGAGCGGUGCAGCGACUGAUCCAGAAAGUCAAAAGAGACAAUUUCAGUAUCUUUUGGACCAAAACUUCAGCUGUUGCUGAGAAAUUCACCAGCAAAUCUCAUUUCGAUGCGUUGACCAAGCUGUUGGAUGUUGUGCGCGUCGUGUGUAAGACCAAAGGAGGGUCCUACGUGCAGACUUCUGCGGUGGUUUCUCUGCUUAACCGCCUCACUGCCGCGUCACAAGCCCCUCAACACACUUUGCAGGCGUUGGCCAAAGUUGUCGCCAAAGCGCUUUGCGCCCCAGCUCUCAGACUCACGCAGGAAGAGACUGCGACUUUUGCCUCGAAGAUAUUAAUGAUUGAAGACAAGCACAUCUUUCUGGGCUUUGUGGGCAAAGUGAUCUCCUGCACUUGCUUUGAGGCAUACGUCCUCCAGAAACUAAUCAAAUUCUGCAAAGAGAAUGCGGUGCCUGAAGACUUUCCCACGCUGCUGCUGCUCUUGGCCAAAGUCAUCGAGGUGAAGGCGCCGCCGUGCCACUCUGGCCUCGAGAUUUCCUCCUGGAAGCAGUAUCCGCUCGCCCUUACGAAAGGGCCGCUGACUGAGUUCAUCCUGGAGCAACUGCAAUCUGAGAAAAUCGCCUCUGUGGUGCCGGCGGUGAUGCUCCUGCCGCAUCUCUACUGUGUCGACCGCUCUGCUAUGAAAGCCAAGCUCUUGGACCUCAUCAAACAGAGCCGCGAGCAGGUCUUCAUAAUGGGCCUGGCAGUCGAGGCUGCUGUUCAUCUGAUGCUUGUCGAUGAGCUGGAUCAAGAGUUGAUUGUGUCUGUCGCCCUCGAGCACACGGAGCAGCUGGCUGCCCUCCGUAUGCUUGAUAUUUUUGUCACUGCCAAGAAUAACAGAGAUAAGAAUUUGUUCGAUCGCCUCAUGCAAGCCAACUUUCACCACCUUUUGUCUUCUCCUCACCACAAGAACCGGGUGCUUGUGAGUCACACUCUGUCGAUGUUGGAGCCGAAAGAGUGCAAACUGUUCUCAAUGUGCCUCAAGACUGAAAACACUCCAGCCACUAUUACCGACUACCGCGACAGGGUAAAGGGGAUGCAAGGCCUCGAAUUCAAAUACGUUCACAGCAUGAGCGCGUACAGCAAUGAGGUUGCUCUGCGCUACCUUAUUGGAAACCUGUACGUCAACUUCAAGUUGCUGUGGGAGCCUGCAACUUUGGUCAUUGUGUCUCACGCCAACUGCCAGGACUCGCAUGCCUUUUGGAGCGUUUUCGGCGAGCAAAUCAAGUUAGCCCGCGAUAGAUGCGUCAACCCGAAGACAAGAAAAGCUGACUUGGGAGAAUGCAAUGAGUUUGUGAAGAGCUUCCAUGAUAAUCUGGAAGGCCAGCUUGACACGCCUGACCAUGCAAAUUUCCGUUGUCUCCUGUGGAACGCGAUGACCUUCUUUUCGGACGUUUGUGAGGCCAGGAACCAUGACAUUUCCAUCUUGUUUCUAGAGUUCCUGCAAACUGAGUUCUACAAAAACGAUGUCAGCGACGUUAACUUCUGGAAUGUCAUUAAAGACAAGAAUGAACAGGUGUCCAUGGAGACCGAGGAGCCUGUUGAAGAGGAUGAAGACGAGGAUGAGGAAAAGGAGGAGUUGGCCACUAAAUCAAAGAACAGACCAGCAAUGAGAUUACUUUUGGCGCACCUGAUGCUGUUGUCCAAACUGCGGAACCCUCGAGGAAUGUACCGGGAGCCAGAGCUGAACGACGCCUACCACGAACUCCUGAAGAUGCGCAACCCCAAGGCUCAGCAACUGGCCCUGGACUGCAUAAUGGGCUACAAGCACGCUUACCUGACGCCCUACAAGGACCAACUCUACGGGCUGGCCAACGAGAAGGACUUCAAGCAGCAACUAGUUGCUUUUGACGUUGGCGCUGAGGCUGAAACGGUGCUUGCCGAGCACCGUGUUGAUCUAAUCCCUGUUGUCAUGCGCAUCGUACUGAGCAAGAUGCAGAAAAAGGGCGGCUCAAACAAGGCGCUUAUUCUGAGGUUCUUGGGUGGAUGUCGUCAAGAGGAGCUGUCCGUCUUCAUCAAUCUUGCAUUCAAGCACGUCCUGGCUCUGUGCCCUAGCGAGGACGAGCCGCUGGACGCGAUGGUCCGCAGGGUCAUGUCCAGCGUUGACCUGAGCCGCGUGUCUCCACCAAAGCGGCUCUGCGCCGCCAUCAACCUGGCGAACGUGGUUCGCGCGCAGCUGGGCCGCGAUCAUGCCCUGAGCGGCGCUCUGCUCCUCAGGGUGCAAUUGUUGCUGGCCGCUCAGGUGGCUGGCGUUCUCGCCAGGAGGGAGGAGGUGGCCCGCACAGCGGCCGUUGCCUUCAGGGCCGCAAGGAAGCACGCCAUCGACUCGCUUUGCAAACUGUUCCUCAGGGACUACCACGGUGACGCCUCUACUGUGCACCAGUGGAGUAGUGCAGAGGUGGAUGCGGUCUUUGAGACGGUUGUCUGGCCUUCUGUGGACGUUCUGCACCUGGAAAGCCUCAUCAAACCCACCGCUCUGCUCCGGCUCUUCUCAGUUUGGGCUGGAAACACAAGAUAUUUCAACCUGCUUGUAAAACACCGGCCAGGCAACCGCACCAGCUACCCUCUUGCGGCCAUGCUGAAGCUGUUAAACGCCGAGGGAGUCAAGUCGCUGGUGGUGGUCACCGUGCUGGAUGCCCUGACAAACCUGCUCACCCUGAGACCUGCCACUGAAGAGGAGGAGGAGGAAUUAGAUGCAGGAACUGCUGCUCAUGAGCUGACAGACGUUUCAGAUCUCCUUCCUAUUGAUUUGGAGUACCUCGCCAAAAUACAAACUCCAGGUCUUCAGCUGAAUUACGGCAGCCAGCUGCUGUUCCCCCACGUGCCAGAGCUGCUGGCCUACCUGCACCGAAGGGUAGACCUUGCCAGCACAAAAAUGAAGGCCAAAGGCGGCCUCAGCGAACGCGACCUGGUGAUCCUAGCCAGGGUGUCGGAGUUGGUGUUUGACCCUGAGCCGAGCCUGUCGCUGCUGCGGCUGGUGCUGCCCCUGGCGGCGAAGAAGGCCAGCCUCGGCUCAGGGGACAAGAACCUGGAGCCCCUGCUGAGCACCACGGCGUCGCUGCUCAGGAGGAUUGAAAAUCCGCGCCAGUUUGUGCUGCAAAUCGCGCCGCUGUUCAGCUCGGUGAACGGCAGGGCGAGCAGGGACAGACUCUGCCAGAUGGUGUUCAGCAGGGUAAUAAACCUGGUGGAUGAGGCCGAGGCGAAGGUCGUGUGCGACCUGAACGCGUGGGACCCACGUCUUAUUGAAGAGCCUGACUUUGAGAAACGCAUCUCAGCAUUCAGUAAGGUCAAAGAAAUGGACGGCUGCAGCAUCGAGUUCUUCCUGAUGAUCAUCCACUCCAGCUUCCACACCCUGAAGGCCGAGAAGGACCGGUCUCUGAAGGACUGCGCCUCGCUUUGUCUGCAGACCCUUUGCCCGAAGCUGGCCAAGCGAUUCGCGGACCAACCUGAACUGCGCAGCCUUGUUAUGGAGCGCACUGUGAUGGAAAUCAUCAGGAAGGGGGUCAGGUCGAAGAACGAGGACCUGCAGCAGGAGGUGCUGUGCCUGCUUGGCGUCAUGGUCAGGGAGUGUCCAGGACUGCACCCCACCCUGAAGGAUUUGCAGCCGCUGGCACAACCUGACGACCUCGAACUUGAUUUCUUCGAGAAUAUCCGGCAUUUGCAGAUGCACAGAAGGGGCCGAGCUUUGAUGCGCUUCGCAACGGCUGUGAAAGAAAACGGAGUGGUGAUGAAGACAACCACCCUGACGCAGAUCAUUUUGCCACUGGCGACCAGUUUCUUGUGCGUAGAGCAGUACGCCAAAAACAACAGUCUAAUUGACGCGGCAAUAGAAGCUGUCGCAGCAGUUUGCGCGUUGCUGCCUUGGGCGGAGUACGAGGCUGUGAUGCGCUACCACCUGACGCGUCUGCCCAGAAUGUUAGAUUACCAGAAGCAGCUUGUGCGGACGGUGAUCGCUGUGCUUGACGCUUUCCAUUUCGACUUGUCAAUCCUGGAGAGCAAUAAAACCGUCCCAGUCAAGGAAGUAAAGCCGGCUGAAGAGGAACCAAACGUUCCUGAAGAUGAUGAAGAGCUGGUUGAGCUGCUCGAGCAGAUGGGCGACAAGAAGGAGGAAAAUAAAAAGUGCGACCUGAGCCAAGCGACCAAAAUCCGAAACGUGAUCCUGGGCCAGCUCCUGCCGAAGCUGCAGCACGCCAUCUCGGCCAAGUCUGCCACCGACAACCAGCACAAGGUGAUCAAACAGACAGAGACGUUCGCUGAAGAGCGAGAGAGGGAGGGCCGCGAGGUGCUCAGAGUGCCCAUUGCGCUGGCCAUCGUCAAACUGCUGCAGAAACUACCAGGAAACGACCUCCGAGACAAGCUGACCGGCGUCCUCAUGAAGGUCUGCGUCUUCCUCAGGUCAAAGUUGGAGAGCACGCGUCGUGCGGCCAGGGAGACCCUGUUGCAGAUGCUGCACACCCUGGGCACGGGCUUCCUGGCCAAAAUGCUGGACGAGAUGUUCGCCCUGCUGACCAGGGGCUACCUGGUCCACGUGCUGGUCUACACGGUGCACUCGCUGAUCGUCGGCGUGAAGGACAUUAUCAAGCCUGGCGACCUCGAUUCGUGUUUGAAGCAGAUCUUGCAGGUCUGCGUCAACGACAUCUUCGGCGAGGCCUCCGAGGAGAAGGAGGUGGCCCAGAUCGCUGGCAAGACCAGCGAGGCCCGCUCCCACAAGAGUUUUGACACGCUGCACCUCCUGGCCAAAUACGCCUCCGAAGGCUGCAUCACCGACAUCCUCAUUCCCAUCAAGAAUGUUCUGGCGACUAGUCUAAGUCAUAAAGUGCUGAAGAAGGCCAAGUCGUGUCUGCAGCAAAUCGUUCAGGGCUUGGCAGAUAAUGCCUACAUUUCCCCUGAGUCCCUUCUGACCUUCGCUUACGGCACGGCGAACGAAAGCAUUCCUGCUCUGCAGAGCUCAAUGGCCAAGGCCAAGCCGUCUGUUGAACUCACCCUUCGUCAAAAGGCGUACCAGCGGAAAGACAUUUACCUGAUCGAUCCGCCGACGCAGCGGAGCAAACCGGUGGUGCCCAAGUCAGACGACACGCACGCCCACAUGUUCAUCGGCUUCGGGCUGCAGCUGCUGCACUUCCUCCUGAAGAGAGAGCGCACCAAGGAGCUGCCGGACGAGCGGCUGGACCCGUUCAUCCGUGUCUUAGUGCAGAGCCUGGAAUCGAAGCACGUGAAGCUGACCGUGCUGUCGCUGCAGUGCCUCGCCUGGCUGCUGAAGCUGCCUCUUCCCUCCCUCAAGGAGAACAUCGUCACCAUCACGGAAUCUAUCUUUGGCAUUCUCCACAAGUAUUCUGGCUGUGACCAGUCCGCUGGAGAAAUUUUUGAGAUGGUCAACGGCGCCUUCAAGGCGGUUAGCGUGGUGGUCCGAGAGGUGGAGUACCACGACAUCAACAAGGAGCAAAUCCGCCGUUUGUUGCUCUACGUCGAGCGGGACAUCCAGGCCGACCCCUCACGCCAGGCGACGGCGUUCACCCUGCUCAAAGCCAUUCUUCGGCGGCGGCUUUCGUCGUCCGACCUCCCUCAGAUCAUGCGCACCAUCGCCACAACCAUGGUCACGUCGACCAUUGAGAACGUCAGACAUCAAUGUAGACAGGCCUACCUGAUGUACAUGACGUCGUACCUGACCGGAAAGAAAUUCGAGUCCGAGCUGGCCUUCCUGCUGGCUCAGCUAAAAUAUGAGUUGAAGUGCGGCCGGAUGUCGACCCUGGACACCCUGAGCGCGCUGGUCAACGGCGUGCAGCCCCAGCGGCUGAAUGAUAAUGAUAACUGCCUCGAAAUGUUCAUCAGCCUGUCCCUCACGUUGGUGGACGACGACGAGCCUGAUUGCAGGAGGGCGGCGGCCAAGGUCAUCAGGGCCAUGAUCGAGAAGAUCAGCAAGAAGAAUCUGGAGCUGCUCUACAGCUGCGUCAUGGACUGGCUUGAGGACAAAAAGGUGUUCCACAAGAGAAUGGCAGCGCAGUUGUGCGGCAUUUUUGUCAAUCUGGAGGGCGAAAAGUUUCAGAAGCGGCUGCCGAAACUGUUGCCGUUGCUCUACGAAUGUUUGUUUCCCAACAACAAGACUGGCCGCUUCGUGCGAGCGCCACCAUCUGCACCGACUGAAGAGGAGAAAGGCGUUGGCACCAUGGAAGACCACCUCGCCUACCAAACACUGGUGCUUCUGGACAAGCUGAGCACGUUCUGCCCGAUUUGGACGAAAGAUCCCCAGGUGGCAGACACGGUGAGCGACCUUUGUCUCGACCUGGCGAGCCUCCUCGGCCACCCGCACGAGUGGGUCCGGCUGGGCGCCUGCCAGGUGCUCGGCAACAUGUUCGGUGAGAUUGACCCUGCCGCCGUGGCACAGGCCGUGGCCGCUGGCCGCGAGGAGUGCCCCGAACUGCUCGUCUUUAGACUGAAUCCUGAAUUCGCGCUGAAAACGCUAGUCCUCGACCACUGUGAUCUCCUCCAACCUGGUGACAUGCAGCCACAACUCAUUGAGGAGGUGGUGAAGAACUUAGUGUACCUGUUCAGGGUACUUAGGCACAUUCCCACUGAGCACGCUAUCAUCCUGGACGAGGAGCAGCAGCUGCUGGUCGAAGGAGAAGAGGACGAUGCGCGUCGCAAGCCCAAAUUGUCCACGGUGUGGAUGGCGAGGAGGAUGCGCAAGAUCGUCAAUUUGGAGGUGUCCAAGGCGCCAAAGAGCGGCACCCUGAGGACAGCCGUGCUCAAGUGGGUGGCGGCGCUGGUGAUCGACAUGGGCGGCGACGCCCUGACCAAAAACCCCCUGCUGAUGCACCACAUGCUUGCGCCGGUCGUCAGAGAAAUCAGCAUUACUAAUGAAAACAAUCCGCAUGCUCCCGUGGGCCUCCGCAGGCUGGCCAAGGAGGUCGCCCACAUCAUUAAGGAACAGAUUGGCGUAGAGGCGUUUGCAAUGGCGAGCACGAGGUUGAAUGCCAAGUUCAACGAGCACAAGGCAAACCGAAAGCGGAAAAUCGUGCAGCAGGCAAUCACGGAGCCAGAGUUGGCGGCCAAGCGUAGAAUUAAGAAGCAGGUGAAAAAGAAGGAGCUGAAGAAGAAAAACCUAAACAAAUUCAAGGGUCGCGCGAGAAAGGACCACAGACUGCAGGGAGACGACGACAUGGAGUUCUAAUUAUUGUAAAAUUAUAAGAAUUUUAACCGAAUUAAGAGAUGUUUGUUUUUAUUCAUAUCACAACUAUACAGUUGAGGAUCAAUUCUUACAAACAAAAAAAUCAAGCUCGACAAAUGUUUGUUUACAAGCGGAAUUUGUAAAAUAAAUUGCUUUGCAAGCAAACGAAAACAUGAA